CUCCUGCAGAACAAGAAGAAACAAGAAGCACAAGUCAGAAAAAGAAUGCUCCUCAAAUUUCUUUCCAGCUUCGAACUUCUGUUUAACAAAUCUUUGUUUGGACUGUUUCAAGGAACGAGGAAAGAGUAACGCGCAGGUCCCAAGAUCGAAACCUGGCUCUGAUGCCAUUUGUAACAGUGGUAGAAGGUUUCUAAAAUGCGUCUGCUAGGGAGAGGUUUUUACAAUCUUACAAAAGUUGAUUUGUUCCCUCUCUAACCGAUGUGAGAUCUCACCGAAGGAGAGUCUUAAGAGCCGCCUUUUUUGUCUGUUUUUUGUGUACAAGUAUUACCAAACAAGUCUUUUCUCCACCAUUGUCUUCUUUUGUCUCCUUGUUUCCCCCAUUCUCCCUUCUUCUUCUUCUCCUGCAGCUGUUGUUUCUUUCUGUUCUGUACUCGGAGUUUUUCAAUCUGGCAUCGAGAACGUUCCUAUCAUAGUUCUUGUGGUUUUUCCUCUGUUUUUGCUUUUGUAUCAAUCUCUAUAAGAUGUGUUUUCAGCUGUUCUUUUGAGACCAGAAACAACUGAAAGCUUUUGCAUUAAAUUUCUUCUGGGGAUAAAUUGCAGAGGUUCAAAACAACGUGGGAAUUGCCAAAUUUCCAGAUCUAAUAGAAAAUGAAGUGCUUUUUCUACUUCAAAAACAAGUCCAGGAGUAGGAGGCAUCAAAGAUCCGCACCUGAAUUGAAAGGGGAGCUAGAAUCUAACUUUUCGGGAUGCAGUCAGACGGCUGCUUCUUCGUGCUCUCUAACAUCGACUCGGAGUGUACCUGAAUUGUAUGAAGAGAAAGCACAUAAUUUGAGAGUUUUCUCAUUUGCAGAGAUGAGAGAGGCAACACAUGACUUCAACAGGCUUCUUAAGAUUGGACAAGGGGGAUUUGGGAGUGUCUUUAAAGGCUCAAUUAAGCCCAUUGAUGGGAAGGGAGAUCCCCUUGUUGUUGCUAUCAAGCAACUGAGUAAGGAUGGCUUACAGGGCCACAAGCAGUGGCUGGCAGAAGUUCAAUUUCUUGGUAUAGUGGAGCAUCCAAAUCUUGUCCAACUCGUAGGAUACUGUGCUGUGGAUGGAACAAGAGGAAUCCAAAGACUGCUCGUAUACGAGUAUAUGACGAACAGAAGCUUGGAAGAUCAUCUCUUCAACAAGGCGCUACCGACACUCGCUUGGAAAACAAGAUUGCAGAUAGUACUUGGAGCAGCUCAGGGGUUGGCUUAUCUGCAUGAAGGAUUAGAAGUUCAGAUAAUAUACAGAGAUUUCAAGAGUUCAAAUGUGCUACUGGAUGAAAAUUUUCAUCCAAAACUUUCAGAUUUUGGGCUUGCCAGGGAAGGGCCAGAAUUUGGGCGCACUCAUGUUUCAACAGCAGUGAUGGGGACUAAUGGAUAUGCAGCUCCGGACUACAUCAAGACAGGCCAUCUGACAGCGAAAAGUGAUGUAUGGAGCUAUGGUGUUGUGCUUUAUGAGAUUUUAACUGGGAGACGAUCAUUGGAGAGACAUCAUCCAAGACCAGAACAGAAUCUUGUGGAAUGGGUUAAAUAUAUCAAUCCAGACAGCGAAAAGUUUAGUUCGAUAAUAGAUCCUCGGCUCGAAAACGAGUACCCCAUCAAUACAGCUAGAAAAGUAGCAAAGUUAGCAAACACUUGCUUGGAGAAAAAUGCGAAGGAUAGGCCCUCAAUGGCUGAAGUAGUAAACAGAUUGAAGCAGAUCAUUAAAGCUAAGGACGACAAUGAGCCUUACGAGAAAAGUCCUGAUAACAGCGACAACAAACCCGACAUGGAAAGAGAACCAGAGAAAACGAAGGUGAUGGACUCGUGGAGAAGGCGGAUGAGCCACCUGCAGAAACUGGGAGAGCAUGUGGAGGGUGCAAGUAGAAGAAGAUUUAUGAUAAUGCAAAGAGCAAAAGUGCCUUAAAACUCUGUUUUCACACUUUCACAAUCAGAUUUUGGCAUAUAGACUAAGCUGUAAUUUUGAAAGCAAAGAAAAUGAGCAGAACAGAAUAUCAAUCAAGAAAUGAAAGGCAAACAUAGGACACCAAAUAGAAAUUCUACUGCAGGAGAUGAACAGAAGCUAAUGUAAAUAGUCUAUUUGAGUUAUGAUACUCUAUUGUCUGAAA